AUGAUUGAACCCCCUUACAAGAAAGUUUCGACCGAAACCCCUGUAAUUUCUCUGAAGAUACAGCAUCAACUCUUACAACAGUUCCCUUCUGUUCGAAUUCAGGCCAAUUUAUGUAACGCUGUCUUGUCUCAGCACCAAAAAUCUGAUUAAAAACUAAUUCUCAAAUUCAGUGAUCUUGGUCGGGAUGGUGAUAGCAUCACCUCGAUCGACGUUCGAAACUGUGCGCCUCUUUUUCCGGCUACCCAACCUCGCGAAAGGAAGAAAAACUAACGCGAAAGAGGACAUGGUGGUGAGUUGCCUCCAAAUCCUUACUUACAGUAUAGAAAUGAAAAGGAAAUGUUGAACUUGAUUAUUCAUACAUCUCGGCAGACUGAAGUCCAUCUUUAGCUGAAAUAGAGCUUUUUGAAUGUGACUGAUGCGACGAAAAUAAAGUAAUUACUAAGAAAUAAAACUUUUAUUCCAUUUUCCAAUCAAAGAUACUCAUGUUGGCUUGGCAAAACUUUCUUUCUCUUAGUUCAUUGUUCAUGCUGAAUUGAUAGACUUGGUCAUUGAAAAUAGGAACCAUUUUUCAGCGGAUAGACUGCAAGCGGAAGUCUACAGAAAGAGGCUGCUCCGCGAGGGACCCGACAGCGACAAAGUGUCGUGGUCGCGUGAACAGUCAGGGGGCAUCGAACUCUCGAUGUCUCCGCGCUACGUGUUCUCGUCGGGCAAAGGACCUGACAGCGAUGUUCGUCGGGAUGGUGAUUUUUCACCAUUAACAGUGACCAGAAGUGAGUUUUUGAUCCUUUUGGCAUUUUAGAAAAGCAAAGAGGGUUGUUAAACAUCCUCCAAAAUCGAAAGAGGUUUAUCAAAUACUUUUUUCAGACAUAUUGGUCAGGAUGGUGAUGUGCCACCUCAAAUGAGACGGCCAGAAGUGGAAGAACGUGUCUUGCGGUGGGAUAAACUUCUCGCUCACCCCCAUUCGCCUUCGGAAAAUACAAUCAAUAGUGAGAACUUCUAUCUCUUCUUUAAGCCUUCUGAUCCUUUUCCAGUUACGGUCAUACGACGGCUGUGAGACUUCUAGAAAGAAACACAGGGGCAAACGCCGUAAUGUUGAUUGGGAUGGUGAUCACUCACCUUGAACGGCCUUCGAGAUGAUAAGACAGGUAAAAUUGAAAAGUUUCUCAAUUUUCGAGAAAGGCAUUUAGAAAAAUAACUUUUUACAGACAUGUUGGACAGGAUGGUGAUUUUACACCAAAAAUGAGGCGCAGAGAGCGGAAGUCUUCCUUCUCGGGUAAUUUGGAUCACGGAAAAGAAAUAGGUUGAGAAUGGAAUUUUUAUUAUUAAAUAAAGAAAUGGAGAACUACUUAUAAGGAAAUGACAAAAUCUAGUUACGUUGAAAAGAUUUUCUGUAAAGAAAAAUAUGACAAAUUGAGCGAACUAGUUCUUUGCCGGAAAACUCAUUCAAUUCUUCAUUUUGAUGGACAUUUUGAUGUUUUUCAAAGUCCUCCCUGAACAAAUUAUUGCAGCACGAUCAGCGUCACCAACUGGAAAUACACGCCUUUGAAGGAUUUUUAUUGGUUUUCGCUGGCCCUGUAAUCCUGCUUCUUCUUUCAAAUAUUUCAAAAUUUUAUCACAAAUUUUCUCUUGAACGUUUUAUUGCUGUUUCCAAUAAUAAAGUUGUCGAUACUCCAGUUUGAACUUUUUCUCCUCGACCUCUGUGUAAUUCAGAGACAAAUAUUUAUUUAGUAUUUAUUAAAUAUUUUUCCCUUUUCAGCACUUGUCAGAUUUUUAAUAAGAAAAACAGAAUAAAGGCUGGAAAAAUAUCUCAAAAAGAAUAAAUCUCAUGAACUUGUCUCGAUUUUUUUCUUUCUUUUUGAUGGACAGAUUAUUGCAGAUAUAAACGGUUAUUGGCGUCUUUUUCAUCAAAUCAAUCGCCCGUGGCGCUCCUCCUUCUCGAAAGCCCUGCUCAACCAGGGAUCGGACAUUGAGGAACCUCCAGGAAAAAGGUUUUUUACUCAUAUAGUUUGCAACUAAGAUAGUACAUUAGCGUUCAUGAUAAAUUUUUGAAUUACAUGGCGUCCGGGGGUUUCGCUCCUAGAUUUUCUCAUCUAUAUCAUUUACAUUGUGGAUGAUUUUGUCUCACUUCACCAUGACGAUCUCAAAAAUUUUUUUCCUCCGAUUAUUCUUUCCUCUCUUACUGAUCCACAUAAUAACCCUAAGUAACUGCAAAAAGUUGUGCACAAACUGGCGAAUGGGGAUCGCUGUCGGAAAAACUUUUUGCUAUUCAUUUUUGCAAACAUAAUCUUGGAAUUUAUUUCACACGGCACUUUUUUUGACGACCCCUGCUCAUAUUUUACUGUAAAAUGUAGUGUGUAGUAGUGCAUGCACUGUGGCGCUCUCGAACAGGCAUGUAAAUUUAGCGAGAAUGAAAAUUAUCUCUAUCUUUCCGAUAUUCAGUUUUUAUAUAUAUAUAUUAUACAUCCACUCUCUGGCGACUGUUUGUAGUUUUGCGGAAUCAUUUUGAACACGGCAACAGAAAUUAGCGUCUUUUUUAUCUGUGAGAUUGAUUCGUCUCAUGACCAAUUGAACUCACUUUGAAACUUUGAAAUUUUUAUUCAGGCUUCAGAGAAGUUUCUCUACUGAGUUAUGGAAUAAUAGAAAAGUUGUUUUUCGUUUCGCGAAACUGUCGAUGAUCAAGAAGGGCGCGUAGAGCAAACUUUUUCUGUGAAAGUAGAGGAGUUUUUGUGCGCCCCGACGGUUACUGCUUCUCCAUGUAGGAUCAGAACGGCUUUUUCUUCCCCUAACCAAAACGUCUUCGUAAUAUUAAUAUGUGCCAUGUUUCUAUGAUUAGAAACCUAGAAAGGACCUUCAAAGUGCUUCGUAUUUCUUUAAGAACGUUACGGAGAACGUAAAAUUAGGGACCGCAGACGAAUUUUUUUAAAAUUUUUUCAGCAUUGAACUUUGUAUGGUUUUGAUAGCUGUUUUCGAUUAAAAACUCAGAACCGUUUAGUUUUUUUCGAAAAAGAUUGAGGAUGAAAAAGUUAUGACGAAAAAAAUGUGGCGCGCCGCGCACCAUUUUUUUAGAACUGAAAUUUUUGGUAUUAUCCAUUUAUUUGACAUUUUUUCUCGAUUUUUUUCUUCUAGAACAAGUUUUGAUACUGGUCUAUUAUGAUGUAACAAAUCAUAAUAGAGUGCUAAAAAUAAUAAAAAAAUUUGCUAGUUUGCCGAAAAAAAGUCGGUAUUUUCCAGAAAACAAAAAAACUGACGGUUGCGGGAAUCGAACUCGCGACCUCAAAAAUGACAAAAUCGCAGCGCACGCGCUGCGCCAAGCUGUCAGGUCUAGCGAAGGGGGCUUCCAUCCGCCAUACCCUUUGAGCCGUUUGGAUAGCACAGAUUGCCUAUUUCAAAAAGAAAAAAAUUUGAAGUAAUUUAGCUAUUUUUUUAUCAGAAUAUGUUCGCGAAAUCUUUACUCAAACUUUCCGUGGAAAUUCGCUUCGAAAAAAACUGUUUUUAGUGCUUUUUGCCUCGUUUAAACGAUCGCUGCAUUAAAACGGCUCCCGUAAAUUUUUGGCAAAGACGAAUUUUUUUAUUUUUAUUCUUUUUAAUUGAAAGAUUUUUUUACUAAUAAAUGCAUAUAAUCGUUUAAAAAAACCUGCGUUCGACCGCUUUUCUGUGUGAUAAACGCCGCUAAUUUUAUUCUCUAUUUUCAAGAGCAUUUUGGCGUAUUAAACAACUUUUUCAAGCACAUAUGCUGUGGAGAAAAAAAUUUAAGUAAGCCCAUGAUCUAAAUUUUGAAAAAAAGAAAAAAACACGAUUAUAUUCGCAUAUUAACGAUAUUUUUGAAUUAUGACUUUCGGCACUCCCUAAAAAUUUUUUUGGCAAAGACGAAUUUUUUUAUUUUUAUUGUUUUAAAAUUACCGUUACUUGAAUCAAAAUCAUUUAUUUAAAAAAAGAAAGAGUGCGUUCGACCUGAAAACACAUGAAAAAGCAAAAAAUGACAAAAUUUUUCAGUUGCAUUCACGUUUUUGUACGACAUUCCGCGAGAACGCAUCAAAAAAGCGUGAAAUAUUUUUUAAACGAAAGAGGAAGCUUUUCUGUACAUGUGUCUCAAAAUUUAUUAUCCAGUUCCAUAUAUUUUUGCAACUAAAACAAAAUGAAAGUUGAAAACCAAAAAAAGCCACUUUUUUUCUAUCGCGAAAAAGGGGCGUGGCUUUGCGGUCCCCUACGUAAAAUUAUGCCAAUUUGUAAUUGCUUGAGCUGUUUCAGGGUAUACAUAAAAACCCAUUUCUGACUGUUACUCACUUAUUUUUUUGUUUUAUAGAUAUUCUUAAUAUUAAUUGAUUAUUAUCCAAAAACUUGUUUUUUCAUAUCGUCUGUGAAAGAUUUAUUGAAUCCACACCUGUUGACUUUUCUGACAAUAACUUGACAUUUCAAGAGUAACUUCGAAAUAUUACGGAACUAUUUCUGUCUUUUUUUGACAAUUUUCCGGCUGAAUUAAUAGAUUUUCAUUGCUUCCUGGAUGCCUAAUAUACGACCCACCGUUUCUAUAAUUGUUCAUCCUUUGGAAACAUUGUGCGUGAUUCUGCCGAAUUUCAGUUCAUGCAUUUUCGGUGUUUGGGAUGGUUAUCCAGAAAAUUUUUUUGAUAGCAAUUGCUCGCUCCAUUUGCUAAGCUUUUAAAAGUUUGCACCUUUUUUCAAAAUGCUCCGUCCAAUUUUGCAGCUUGAGAAAAGACGUCUCCAAAAGCGAACAAGCGCGAGGCAACCGCCGAGGGCCUCCAAGACUCCUGAGCCGACAAUCUCCGCGAGUGGAAGAAAAACGAACGCGGAAGAGGACACUGUGGUGAGCCUUUUUAAAAUUUCUACAUUAAAAUACGAUUUUGUCUAUGAAGCAUACAAAGAAAGUGCCAAAAAAAGCGGAAACUAAGUUUUCCACAAAUUAUUGUGAAGGAACAGGCCAUAGAGGUUUUUAAAGGCAUUUUUUGAGCAUACAGUACCGUCAGAAAAGAUAUCAAACAACGCAAUUUUGAGAAUGAAUCUCUUAUGAGGAAAAAAAAAGUUUUGACCAAAACUCCGUUUUCUUCGUAACUUCUCUGACGGGACAGCAUCUACCUUUACAAAAAUUCCUUUUCGAUCGAAUCAAAAAAAAAAGUGUCAAUAAAGUGUGUCGCAGUCUUGUGUUGCUUCUGGUAUACUUCAAAUUUAGUCCAUUUCACGGUUAUUCCUAACAAUAAAAAAAUAAAGUGUUGAUGAACUUUGACUCUAUAAAAUUUUUUCAGUAAGAAGUUUGAUCAAAAAAAUAAUUUUUUUCCAUUUCAGUGAUCUUUCGUCGGGAUGGUGAUACAAUCAUCUUGUACGGCGUUCAAAAACUGGGCGCCUCUUCUUCCGGCUGCCCAACCUCGCAAAAGGAAGAAAAACGAACGCGAAAGAGGACACGGCGGUGAGUCGCCUUCAGAUAUUCUAUACAUGUUUUUAUCGUGGAAACAACUAAUUUUAAUGUGAAUUAAAUCAGCCGAACCAUUUUUCCGCAACUUUUCCAUCUAUCAAACCUUUGAUCAUAAUAUUUGAAAAAACGAGUUGAUGAAAAAUCACUUUUAUUUUUAUUCGAAAAAGUAAUUCAAAUUUUUUCCAAUAUGUGAAGAGCGAAAUCUCCAUCUUCUCGUUUUUCAAGUAGUUGUUCUACAAAUAAAUAGAGUUUUUCUAAUAGGUAGGAAAUGAAGAGUUGAAAGUGUGAACUGCUUGUCGUCAUGAUAUGUUUCGAAAAAGCUCUGAAAUAACCGGAAAAAAAACGGUAAUGGUGCACGUGCUUUCAUUUUGCAACGGAAUGCGAUCAAAAACGAUUCUUCAAUUUCAGGUAUCUUGGUCAAGAUGGUGAUCCGACACCUUGAGUGGUGCUCGCAAGUGAGUGCCCCUCUUCACGGUGGCUCAGGGAGAAGAGGAAAAACCCAGGUAAGAUUGAUCAUCUAAGAAGAAACUUGAAGAAGAAUGCAAACUAAUUGUUUUUUUUUCAGACAUGCGGGUCGGGAUAGUUAUGUUCCACCUCUUGCGGAAACGCUGCUCCGCGAAAAAGAGUCCGACAGCGACAAAGUGUCGCAGUCGCGGGAGCUGUUGGGGGCAUCGAAUUCUCGAUGUCUCCUCGCUACGUGUUUUCGUCGGGCAAAAGAUCUGACUUCGAUGUUCGUCGGGAUGGUGAUGCGUCACCAUCAACAGUGCACAAAAGUGAGUUCUUGUUGGGUUCGGUAGUUAAAAAAGUAGAGAUCAAUAAACUUGAAGUUAAAAAGAGGCUUAUUGUGAAACGUUUUUCAGAUAUGUUGGUCGAGAUAGUGAUCUCACCGCACAAAGCUUUGUGAAAGCGGUCAAAGUCGUCCUCGAAGGAUGUGGACAGCUUUCGCGCAUUGUAAUCCAUCGUUCGGGAUUCAACGAUGAGAGAUUAGCAAAGUGAGUCAAUCAUCAUUGAACAUUGAGGAAAAUAAAGAGUUCAAAAAAAACCUUUCACUUUCUCGUCUCCAAACAAUGUAUCAACUAUAACACAGCUGAAUUGCCUUCUUUCUCAAUAUUUAUGCGUUCAGGCGUCCAUUUCGACCGCAAUCGCCAAAGAUUUUAAUAUCGAAUGAGACUGUAGAGCUAAUUGAGACUCAUUAGAAAAGAAAAAUAUUGUUGCACCGAAAGAUUUUUUCGAGGGAAAAAUAGGAAACUUGAAUGAUUGGUUUGUUUCCGCAGAACAUAAAUAGUUUUUCAUUCUUCUGGACGUUUUGAUGUUAUCUAAACUCCUUUCUGAACAAAUCAUUGCAGCACGAUCAGUGUCAUCGGCUGGAACUGCGCACUUCUCGAAGAAUUCCCAAAGGUUCCGCUGGCUGCGUAAUACAAAUUCUUCUCGAGGAAUGUGAAAAACGGAAGGCGUAAGCAUCUUUUCGCAAUUUUGCAGAUUGAAUUUGAUUUUUCAGGUAGAAGCGAGGGCUCAUAAAUAGAGCGCGCCGAGACACUUGAAGAUUCUUCUUCAAUUAGAAGACAAAACCGCGUGGAGAAGCUUCAAAAACGGACGCAGUGGAGAAAAACACGUAACUCAGGCACGUCCUGAGUUACGUGUUUUUUCCGUAUCAAUAGUUCUUCAGCACGCCAAUAAAGAGUGAGCAAAAAGUAUUAGAAAUUUUUCAAAUAUGGCAGUUCUAACCCUUUUGGAGAUAAUUUGAGUUGUUCUGAAGGCGUAAGGUUGUGUAGUUUACAUGAAGACUCUUCCCUUCAUCAAUUCUGUGUUUUGUAUGUCUCCCUCCCCUAGAAAUAUAAGAAUUGUUCUACUAUAAGGGGUUUGAAUCCUGACUCAUGACUAUUUAAUAACAGAAUAUUUUGCUUUUUGUUUCCAAAUCCCACAAUUUUUCAAUUGUUUCUGCAUUAUUGUGUCGAAAUGAAUAAAUUUCUUGGCUGAUUAAAAUUAUUGAAACGGUAAAAAUUUCUACAGAAAAAAGAGCAAUACGUCAACGAAAAAUUCGAACGAACAAAACUGUUCAAAAAAAGUAAUCAUUUGAGGUGUGCCAGUGAAAAAUCUAAUUUCUCAAUUUGAAAUAACUGAAAAGAAAUAAAAAGAAGAAAGAAAUGAAAGUAGAUGGAUCGAAAAUUUUUAGCCGUCGAAACGACAUCGAUCCAGUAAACGGAAAAAGCUAAUAACGAAGGUUCAAAAAAUUCAGCGAGGAAGAAAAUCUAAGUGAUACCAUAUAAUAAAAUUGUGAACUCUGGUUUUACAAAGGAAAAAUUGAUAAACUUUUCUCAAUUUGCUCUUCAGAGACUUUAUCAAACGUAAAACGCGUGCAAGAAAAUGAAAACUCUCCAGAAAAAUGACCAAAUCUUCAUUCUUGCAAAGUAAACAGUCCAGAGGUUAUUUUUCAAUCCAAGCACUUUCAAUGUUCGGAAUUAUAUUCCCGAACAUUUUUUUGAUAGCGAUUGUUCGCAUCAUGCCCUAAGCUUUUUAAAGUUUACACCUUUUUUCAAAAUACUCCGUCCAAUUUUACAGCUUGAGAAAAGACGUCUCCGAAAGCGAGCAAGACGCAAGGUAGAGCGGCAAAGGGCCUCCAAGACUUCUCAGCCAACAACCUCCGCGAGUGGAAAAAGGACGAGCGCGAAAGAGGACACGGCGGUGAGUCGUACUCUGAUCCUCAUUUACAAAUACGAUUUUGACUAA